ACUUCCGUCAAGCUGUUUGAGGACCCCAGGAUGUCCAUGCUUGCUGAACCCAAGAGGAAACUGAAGUGGUCUGUUGACCCCAGGAACAGCGCCUGGUCCAAGGAUGAAUCAAAAUUUGGCCAGAAGAUGCUGGAGCGAAUGGGCUGGUCCAAGGGCAAGGGCCUGGGAAGAGCUCAGCAGGGCUCCACCGAUCAUAUCAAAGUCAAAGUUAAAAACAACCACCAAGGUUUUGGAACCACUGCCAGCUCUGAGGAUAAGUGGAUCGCCCACCAAGAUGAUUUCAAUGAGCUUCUAGCUCAACUGAACAACCACCAUGGUCAAAACAACAGCGCUGAACCUCCAACGUCAGAGGAGACGAAAGGAUUCAGCUUGGAGGAGAAGUCCAAGACCGGCAAAAAGAGGGUCCAUUACAUGAAGUUCACUAAAGGAAAGGACCUGUCCUCCCGCAGUAAAACUGACCUAAACUGUAUCUUUGGAAAGAGAGGAGGGUCUUCCAAUGACCCAGAGAAGGAGAGCAACAGCAGUGAUUCUCAGGGUGAGACUGAGAAGAAUGUUACUCCUGCGGCGUUCAAACUGGAUACAGAGACCAUCACCAACACUGUGAAAAGUACUCUCACUAUGCAGGAGUACUUUGCUCAGCGAAUGGCUCAGUUGAAGAAGUCUCGUGGACAGGCCGAGAGUGAAGAACCAUCGAUGGAGACAGACGAGACUUCAGGUCAAUCUGAGGAACCCAUCCUCGUCCCCACUGACGACUCAGAAGAACCCAAGAAGAAGAAGAAGAAGAAGAAGAAGAAGAAGAGCAACACGUCAGACGAUGAUCUAGAAGUGGUAGAAGAGAACAGUUCCACCGUUCCUGUCGUAACGGUGGACGAUGAGGACCAGCAGCAGGAGAGUUCAGGGAAAAAGAAGAAGAAGAGACAAAUGGUAGAAAGUGAAGAAGCUACAAAUGAGAACUGUAGCUCAACCUCCGGUGUUGAGCAGAACUCCGAGGAACUGCCUCCAUCCAAGAAGAAGAAGAAGCAUAAAAAACAGCAUAGGGAAACUGAGCUUCAAAAUGGACAUGAGCCAACUGAGGAUCAAAGUGUAGACUCUGAGGCUGUUGGCAAAAAGAAGAAACACUUAGAGGAGGUGGGCGAUGAAGACAAGGUGGAGGUGGUAGAGAAGAAAUCUAAAAAGGACAAGAAAAAGAAAAGGAAACAUCAAGAAUAGGAGGAAAUGAAUCAAAUCUACCUCCAACUUCAACAGUCCUUUAGGCUUCUGGGGGACUGAGUACUCAAGUUGUAUCAUCGUGAACAUGAUCAUGGUGCCACACUUGCCUUAAAUGAGCAGGUUACAUGUCUUGUAUUGAAACUGCCGUGAGAAGGAGAUUAGACUCCUCAAAGCUGCAGAGUAAAACCCAAAAAUGUGUACUGUGGGCCACAGGGAUACACAUUGCAGCAGAUGGCAAAAAAGCCAUGCCUAACAGAAAAAACUAGACAUUAUUGGGAAGAAAAUAUAUUUGUUAGUCUAUCAAUUUCCAGGACAAUGGUUGCUCUGUUUCUAGUCUAUACGCUAAGCAGUUACAGGCUGUAGCUUUAUAUUUAACAGACAGAUGCAAGACCUGUAACGAUGAAUUUAUCGAACACUCGGCAAGAAUGAAAUUACUAUUCUUUUAAUGUAUUUAAAAACUCCCUUUCUGUACAUCUGACUGACUCUGCUAAGUCUAUAAUGUAUUCAUACAGACAUAUUUUGACUUACUUUUUUAAAUGAGUCUGCUUUCACAUCAAAUUUGGCAAACAAUUAAAUGCAUGCUGGCAAUUGUUGUAAUGAAUACAAAUAUCCAGAUUAAUAAAGACAACAAAAUAUGCAGGAAAAUAGUGGUUUUUUGAAAACUAUAUGCAAUUUUUCUUCAUUUUUUUUCAAAUUCCUUUAUGUCUCACCAUUAAUAAGCAUCUGCAUUACUAUCUAUUUAGCAUUCACAGUGAAUUACAUUUACUUGCCAGCAAUUACUUUUAACCAUCUUAUGCCAUUUCUUCAGACAAUGGAUAUGUUCUUAAAUGAAAGCGACACAGAAAGUCACAUUUGAACAGAAGCACACCGACGUAAUUGUUUUCCUUCAUGUGAUUUGACAAAUAUGAACUGAUGCCAUUUGAUGUUUUUCUGACCCAUUCAUGAGCUGUAAGAAAAAAGACAAACGUUGGCCCUUCGACCGGAUCACAUGACUUUUUAAAUAAAUACAAAUAGCAAUGUC